CUGCGCAUGCGCAGUGGAGCAAUGGCGGCCUCUGCCCGUGAAUCCAUUCUCCUUUUUUCGUGGGGAGCUAACAGUUAUGGUCAGCUUGGAAUAGGAAAUACUAUAGACCAAAGCUCUCCUGUAUUUUUAGAAAACCCAAUUCAAAAAUGGCAGCAGAUCACAGGGGGAGGGGCUCACACUCUCCUACUAACUAGUAAUGGGGACCUUUAUUCGUGCGGUUGGAACAAAGAGGAACAAUUAGGACAUCAAUUGUUACAGAAAGACAAGUCAUUAAAUAUUCCGAAACAUAUUCCAGACCUACCUAAAAUUCUUAAAGUUGCUUGUGGAUGGAGUCAUAAUCUAGCGAUUGAUGAACAUGGUAGACUUAUUUCUUGGGGCUCAAAUAAGUACGGGCAGUUAGGAGGAGCACAAGAAUCAGGAAACACUUCAUUGUACAUAAUACUAGACAAAGCUGCAUUUAACAGUGAGCCUGUGAUUGAUAUAGGAGCUGGAUUAAGACAUUCUGCUGCUAUUAAUGGUACUGGAAGUCUCUUUACUUGGGGAGAUGGCAAGAAAGGACAAUUAGGACACCCUGACCUUACAACUAUUAAGAAACCAACACAAGUUUCAUCAAUGGCUGGCAUGAUAUGUGAAGGAGUAUCACUUGGAUCUCAUUUCACUGCAGUUAGAACAGUCGAAGGUGAUGUGUAUUGUUUUGGUGAUAAUCGUCACGGACAAUGCGGAGCUCCUCCUCCCAACAAUGCCGUGGGUGAUGCCUCUAAACUAGUCCUACUUCCAAAUAAGGUCGAUAGAUUACCACCCGUGUCUGAAAUUCACUGCGGAUGGAGUCAUUGCCUUGCUGUUACUAAAGGAGAAGACAAGAGGAGAAAAAUGAUAUAUUCUUGGGGUAGAGGUGACUAUGGACAAUUAGGUAUUGGUAAUACUAUUGAUCAGUAUCAGCCACAAGAGAUAUCAUCAUUGCAUGGAGUACAGCAAGUUUGUUGCGGUUCAGAGCAUAAUUUAGCCAUUAAUGGAGAUGGAGAAUUAUUUUCAUGGGGCUGGAAUGAGCAUGGCAGUUGUGGCAAUGCUGAUACUAGUAAUAGACUGACACCUGGUUUAGUAUUGCUACCAAAGUCACAUGACUUAGAAAAAUCGACUUCAGAAUCUCCUACUCUAAAUGUUAUCAUUGGUAGUGGAGCUGGUUGUUCUUUCAUUUCAACAAUAACAAAUACUUAAAUUAUUAGUGAGUGAAUGAUGGAAUUUGUGUGUACAAAAGAUAAAGAGAGAGAAAAGGAAUGAAUCAAAACUAAAAGAGCAAUUAUAAGGAAGGAAGAAAGAAAUAAAGAACAAUUGAAAAAAGGAACACUACUCUACAUAAAAUUAUGAUAAUAAUUAUAAUAAAGGAA